AUGAGAAAGAGAGUGAAACUUGCAUUUAUGGUCAACGAUUCUGCAAGGAAGAUAACUUACACCAAAAGGAAAAAGAGUCUAAUAAAAAAGAUUGAUGAACUCACAACUCUUUGUGGGAUUGAAGCUUGUGCUAUAAUUUAUAGCGAUUUUCAUUCGGAGCCAGAGAUUUGGCCUUCCCAAUGGGAGGUCCAAAGGGUCGUCACAAAAUUCAGAAGUUACUCCGAAUUUGAGAAAGGUAAGAAGAUGUUGAACCAAGAGAGCUUUUUGGCGCAGAGAAUUGUGAAGUCCAACGAACAAUUGGUAAAAUUGGAGAGGAGCAAUUGGGAGGCAGAGAAAUCAUUGAUCUUAUAUCAAUGUCUUUCUAAGGAAAACUUUAUCAACACUUUGAACAUGAAUGUUUUGAAUAACCUAGCUUAUGAUAUUAAUGAGAAGCUGGCGCAAAUUACUUCAAAGGUGAAUGAACUUGAUACAAAUGUAACCAUUUAA